AUGGCAACUUUUAGGUUGAAACUGCUUGUACACAAGGAGAAAAACAAGGUUGUCUUAGCUGAGGUUGACAAAGAUUUUGUUGAUGUGCUCUUUAGUUUCUUGACACUACCAAUGGGUACCAUUGUGAGGUUGCUGAAGGAACAUGACCAGCAGAAUCAUCAAAACUCUCAAGACGCCGAAGCUACUAGUACUACAAUAGGUUGUUUCAACAAUCUCUACAAAAGUGUUGUUGAUAUGAGCAACGAUGAUUUCUUGACCGAGGCUUGUAAGCAUAUCCUUCUAUAUCCACUCCAUGCCAAAGAGAGGCAAUGCAAAGGGCUUAACUUUGACAACACGGCGGUCGUGAAUUACUAUACGUGCCCGGAUUUGGGAUUAGUGGAGUCAUGUUCCAAGUCUUAUUGUAACUUCUCCUCUUUAAAAUGCAGUUGUGGCAAGUUUAUGACCGAUAAGUAUAGAUUAAGUGAAGGUGAUCAUGAGGAAAUAUUUGUCAGCGACAAGAAGUCUUUCAUCGUUUUAGACAAUAUGAAAGUUGGGUUUAGUUCCAUUUCUCUCACCCUGAAGACACUUAGAGAACUCGGUUUUUCAGAUGUUGAAAAGCUUGAUGAGAUGCUCGUAGACGUUGGUCACAAAGAGAUACUAGCAUUGCUGGAAUGCUUAUUCUCUUCGGAUACUCCCUUGACUGAUGUGUUCUUGAUGAAACCGAGUUCAUGUAUCAUUACAAAAACGCAUAACAUGCCAAGCUUAGCCGAUGUGGAAGAAGGAGGUAAAGCAGAAGAAUCAAAUGAAGAACAACAACUCUCAGUGACUCUAUUUGUUAGGAAGCAAGACAAGAAGGUUCUUUACGCCGAAAGCGGGAAAGACUUUGUGGAUUUACUACUCAUUUUCCUGGCUGUUCCCUUGGAAUCAGUGUGGGAAUUAACCGGAAACAAUGUAGAAGUAGGAUGCAUUGACAACUUAUGCAAAAGCAUGAAGAGCUUGAGCUCUAGCUCUAGCUCUAGCCAAGACACAAAUGUAUCAACGACUUACACAUCUAUGCUUCCUAGUUACUAUGGUUUUCAGUCACCGCUGCUUGGUGUUUGUAGCGAAAUUCCCAGUCCGUUUACAGUGACAUGGAACUCUGAAAUCUAUGAUUUGAAACUUGUGUAUCCAAACUAUGAUGGAAGUGCAGAAUCAACCACUCAAAGUAGCAGUGGGCUUGUGAGGAGAGGGACAACGUACAUGAUCUCAGAUGAUCUUACUAUCUCAGCUACAAACUAUCUUCAGCUCUUUGCAUGUUGA